UCAAACCUGCAACGCAUCCUCCUCAUUGCCUGGAUUCUGCGCGUUCGCUCAGUGAAAACGCUGAUUUCUAAGUAGUCCGCGAUGGCUGUUUUCCGGCGAGACUCCCUGGUAACCAGGCAGCUGCUGCGGCUGGUUCUGUUGCACACGGCCUGGGAGGUGGGCAGCGGCCAGGUCCGUUAUUCCGUGCCGGAGGAAUCCAAACACGGCACCUUUGUCGGCCGCCUGGCCCAGGACCUGGGGCUGGAGGUGGUGGAGCUGGUGUCUCGGAUGUUCCGGAUGGUCUCCAGCGGCAGGAGAGACUAUUUUGAGGUAAAUUUGCAGAGCGGCGUUUUGUUUGUGAAUUCGCGACUAGACAGGGAAGAGCUGUGCGGCCAGAGCCCCCUGUGCGCCAUUGACCUGGAGGUGAUAGUGGACAAACCCCUGAGGAUAUUUCACGUGGAAGUGGAGAUACAGGAUAUAAACGACAAUGCUCCUGUUUUUUCGGUAAACGAACAAAACCUGAGUAUAGCAGAAUCACUAACGCUUCCAGGUUCGCAUUUCCCUCUAGAGGGCGCGUCUGACGCAGAUGUUGGCACAAACUCUCUGCUAACCUAUAAACUGAGUCCAAAUGAAUAUUUCACUUUAGAUUUGCAAAAGAACGACGAACACAGUGAUGGUUUAGUCCUUGUAUUAAAGAAAUCCCUCGACAGAGAGGAUACGCCUGUUCAUUAUUUCUUACUUACUGCUACCGAUGGGGGCAAACCGGAGCUCACCGGCACAGUUCAGCUAGUGAUCACGGUGCUGGAUGUGAAUGAUAACGCGCCUGUAUUUAAUCAGUCCGUUUAUAAGACCCGAUUGUUCGAAAAUGCAGCUGAUGGGACAUUAGUCACUAAACUCGACGCCACAGAUUUGGAUGACGGAAUUAAUAAGGAUAUUUCAUACUCCUUCAGUAGUUUUGUUCCUCUAAGUGGAAGAGAUGUCUUCACAAUAGAAUCGAAUACGGGUGAGAUCCGAAUUAAAGGACAAUUAGAUUUCGAAAAAAAUAAAGUAUAUGAUCUCCAAAUUCAGGCUGACGAUAAAGGUAACCUUCCUUUGUCAGGACACUGCAAAGUUUUGAUAGACAUUUUGGACGUUAACGAUAACGCCCCGGAGCUGGCUGUGACUUCCCUUUCCCUGCCGGUGCCGGAGCACGCUUCCCCGGGGACAGUGGUAGCUCUUAUUAGCGUCUCUGAUCGGGACUCGGGAGACAACGGGAAAGUCACCUGCUCCAUCCCCCCGAACCUGCCCUUUCGGCUCGUCUCCACCUUUAAAAAUUAUCACUCGCUGGUGCUGGCGGAGGCCGUGGAUCGGGAGCGAGUGUCUGAAUAUAAGAUCGUGGUGACAGCUAGAGACGAAGGGGCCCCGUCUCUCUCGGCCAGCAGCAGCAUUUUGGUGGCGAUCUCGGAUGUGAACGAUAACGCUCCCGCUUUCCCUCAGCCCGUUUACACGGUAUUUGUGAAGGAAAACAACCCACCCGGGGCCCAUCUCUUGACCGUGUCGGCCUCGGACCCGGACCUGCGGGAAAACGCCUUUGUGAGCUACUCGGUGGUGGAGCGAAGUGUGGGAGAGCAGCCCCUGUCCAGCUACAUCUCGGUGCACUCGGAGAGCGGGCACAUCUAUGCCCUGCAGCCCUUGGACUACGAGGAGCUGCAAGUGCUGCAGUUCCAGGUGAGCGCGAGGGACGCCAGGUUGCCGUCGCUGUGCGGGAACGUGACUGUGCAGCUCUUUGUCCUGGAUGGAAAUGACAACGCGCCCGCAGUGUCCCCGGCUGGCUCGGUCCGCGGCUCGCCAGGGCCCGAGCUGGUUCCGCUGUCGGCCAGCGCAGGGCACGUGGUGGGCAAGAUCCGAGCGGUGGAUGCGGAUUCCGGCUACAACGCGUGGCUUCGCUACGAAGUGCAGGAGCCCGGGGCUGCGGGGCCUUUCCGGGUGGGUGUGUACAGCGGGGAGAUCAGCACGACGCGGGCCUUGGAGGAGGCGGACGGGCCCAGCCAGAGACUCGUGAUCCUGGUGAAGGACCAUGGGGAGCCGGCACUGUCCGCCACAGCCACUGUCAUCCUGUCCCUGGUGGAGAGUCCCCAGGCUGUGAAAUGGGACUCGAGGCCAAGGGGCGGGAGCGAAGGGCCCUUGGUUGACAUGAACGUGUCUUUAAUGAUCGCCAUUUGCUCGAUGUCCGGGGUGUUUGUGCUGGUGAUUGUCGUGUAGGUUGGGCUGAGAUGCCACCCGGGUCCGGAAGUGAUGUGCGGGCCUGGGAAAGCCACCGUGGUGUGCGCGAGCGAGGUGGGGAGUUGGUCCUAUUCCCAGCGCCAGAGCCGGAACUUGUGUGUAGGGCAAGGCACCGCCAAGAAUGACCUCAUGGUUUUCAGCCCUAACUUUCCUAACUCUGCAGAGAACGGGGAGAAGGAGAAACAGCAAGUGAUGGCGUCCAAUGUCUAUGGAACGCAGGGAACAAUGGAGCCUGGAAAAACACUGAUCAGGAGGGAGAAGGGCAUGGAUCUCCACCCAAGAGAGGUGAUGGCUAAGGAACCAGGAGCCUAG